AUGAUAUCCAUUAUUGUCUAUAACAACCGUCACCAUUUUACUUCAUUUUACUGCCUAUUUAAUUAUUUACUUCAAAUUAUUCCAUUUCUAUUGAUUAUCAAUUUAAUUCCAAAUGGUUCUUUGGCAGCCUUAACAUGCUUUGAUUGUGUAGGCAGGGAUUGUAUGGGAUCUAAAUGUAAAGGCGACUAUUGUAUGAUUUCUCGUUAUGAGCCUCGUUGGGGAACGUCAGUAUGGGGCGAACCAGUGAUAGUAAAAGGCUGUUUAGGCGGUAAAAUGAUAAGAAGUGAUCUUCGUUCGCACUGUGAAGUUGUUGGCGAUGGAGAAGGGGAAGAGGAGCUUUCUGCAGACAAACCAUUCGCAUGUUUCUGCAAAAAUCGAGAUUAUUGCAAUAAAAAUAGUGUUGCUGAAAAGCUCGAAACAGAAAAAGUGCCAUUAUACACAUGUGUUUGUAAGGGCGAUCAUUGUAGAGACAAAACAAAGUGUGUCGGUGAAUUAUGCACUUAUGUAGUCAAUCACAAGACAGGUGUAACCGAGCAGGGUUGCGUGAAUGCAUCUGUGCCGUUAAUUGAACGAAGAAGUGCUGGGGCAUGCACUAUUCCACCAAUAACUGGAGCUAUGCAUCGUUCAGUUUCUAAACUACCUGAUGAACUGUUGUAUACAGAAUCUUGUGUGUGUGAGGGCAAGAACUGCAAUGCUAAAAAACCAAAAAUUCGAGUGCCAGAACGUUCCAGAUGUGAAGCAAUGGUACACGUUGAUGUUAUGGGUCAUAAUAUGACUAGCAAAAGUAAUGCCAAAUGCACAGGGGAAUUUUGUUUUAAAGUGGAAAUUCGGUCAGAAAUUGGGAAUAUGAAAGAAUAUAGAUCGAUGGGUUGUGCUUCAUUUGUUGAUAAAUCUGUACUUCCAGAAGAAUUAUCACCUACUGGAUGUGCCAGUUUUUCUUCAGAAAAGCUAUUUGUUGAAGCUUGUUUUAGGACCUUUGAUAAGGAAGCUGUUGCCAGGCAUAGAGCAAGAAGUAAAGGAAGGAAAAAGACUAAAAGUCGUUCUAGUGAAGAAAAAAUUUCUGAAGAGGAGGAAGAAGAGAAUAAUGAAGAUGAAAUGAAGGAGGAUGAUUGGGAUAAGGAGGAGGAGGAAGAGAAGGAAGAAAAGGAAAAGGAAGAGAAUGAAGGGAAGGAAGGAGCAAAGGAGGAGAAAGCGCAACAUUAUAUCAUUGAAAAGCCAACAUUCGGACCAGAACUAAACGAAUCUACAAAUAGCACGCUAAUUUCUGUUUUUGUUCUCCUUAUUUUGCUUAUUUUGUUGAGCGGCGUUGUUUGGAAGGUGAUUUUUAAAAAAUUAUUUUUAUGACCAAAUUUCUUUAAGUUUCAAUUGCAUAAGAGACUCUUCAGGGCCAGCUAUGAUUCUGUUGCUGGCGGAACUUAGAAAAAAAAUAUUUUUAAUAUUAAUUA